UUGUGCGGUGGUUGCUCUUGGCAACAGAACGCUGACCCAGAUCGCGGUGCGAGGAAACAACAUGUCAGACGCAGCAAAAGACAAAGCAGCUCGUCUCCUUAAAAAAAGAGGGAGCGUCUCAUCACUAAGCAGUCAUGAGGUCAAACCAAAAGAAAGUUUCACCAAAACCAAAGAUUCAAUGAGCACAGUUUCCUAUAUAGACGAGCCAGGUCAUCACGAUGAUAUCCCCCGGCCAGCAAUACAGACGGAGAAUACAUACCAAUUAGGUCCAGCAAAGCGUUUCCCAGUGGCCACGGUAAAUAAUAUUUUAAAGGAUGUCCUUACAAGUUAUCUCCAGGAGGAGAAAUAUGAAGCUGAGUUUUGCAGACAGAUGACGAAAACCAUCACAGAGGUUAUUAAGGCCAGAGUGAAGGAUCUCAUGAUCCCUCGAUAUAAGAUCAUUGUGCUGAUCUACAUUGGGCAGCUGCGCGAUGAAAGUAUGAGAAUUGGGAGCAGAUGCAUCUGGGAUCCUGCAAAUGAUACGUUUUCAUCAUAUUCAUUCAAGAACAGUUCGUUGUAUGCACUGGCCAACGUGUAUGCUGUGUACUAUGAAUAGGAGAACGGCAGGAAUCAUACACAUACCGUACAGAGACAACAUCCUAAAGUGAAAUCAUCCUGCCUGAUUGUUUUAAUGGAUAAAGCUGUACUUCAUUGAUUCCAAAUUCUAUUAAAUUAUAUAGUGUAUUUCUAGAAGGAACAAAUUCAGAGGUGUUUACUGUCAGGGAAAGAAAAACAAAUUGAAAUGAAAGUUUUAUUCAGCCAAUCAGAAUUCAGUUAUCUAUGGAACGAUGGCCAUAUGCUAUAAUGUGCACGUAUUGGAAUAAAAUCAUGGCCGCCUCCAGUCUGAGGAGAAUUGCAGAUUUUCUGAAGUAAAACGUUUAACAUACAAAAUGUUUACAUUUUUAAAUCUUUAGAUGCAGGUUUUUUUUUAUGUCUCGACUGGCAUUAAUGGAAUCAUUACAUCUGUAUGAGUUGAAAGCAUUGAGAUGUUUUUAUGGCAAUGGCUCCGAACUUUUGAGAUUUUGUAAUCUGCAAACAUCUUGUGCCUUAUAUGUAUUGUAUAUAAAUGAACCUUUGAUUCCCAA